CAAAGGUCGCACUCAGUCGAGGUAUACCCGAGACAAAUAACAAAGGCUAAACAGUUUCGAUCAAUUUUACAACAAUAAAAUAAACCAUAAUAAAAACAAAGAGCAUUAAUGCAAUUGUCUGCGUCCGUUGACUGAACGUUAAAAGGCUGGAGUCUGGAAUUGGGGAUUUCUAAAUGGUGAAAACAGCCCCGCUCCCGCCCCUUUCACCGGUCUUCCACGAGCACUAUCAAAAUGAGCAUGCGCACACGUGCGUUGGUCUUCUCCACCUUCUUCGGCAGCUGCCUGGCCAUCGGUCUCCUGCUGGUCAGCAUGACCAGUAACCACUGGGUCCGGGCCCAGGCACGCCGCAACAGCUCUGCGGAGGCUAAGGGCGAGGUCAACUUCGGCCUCUUCUACGGUACCCAGCACCUGAAUCCUGGGUUCGGAGUGCGCCCCUAUCCAGUAGAUGUUUACUCUUUUGUCCGCACGGAAAACAGCGAAACUAGCUUUUGGCUCUGGCUCCUCACCACCUUAGGCACUGGCUUCGGGCUCCUGGCAUGUGCCGUGGCCGCCAUAGCCGCGGUCCUGAAAUCAGCCUCUGCGGCCAAGAGGGGCGGCACAAUGGUGCUCCUCCUGGCCGCAAACGUUUCCGCCGCGGGGGCACAGGUCGUGGCAUUUGUGGCCUGGCUAGUGCAGUUCUACAACUACUUCACCCUCAACGUGCUCCUGGCGGAACACCAGCAGCAGCACUGGUACAGCACCGGGCUGGCCUACCUUGGCUACAGUUUCUACCUGGUCGUGAUCUCCACCAUCGUGGUGCUGCUUAACAUCGCCGUCCUGCUGUAUGCCAGCCGCCGUGAGCUCCGUGACCGAAACCGUCUGGAGCCGCCGAGUGAGGAUAAGAACAAGGCCGCCAUAAUGUUGUACUAGAAGAACGAUGAGAAGAAUUCCCGAAUAAACCUCAACGAAACUGCUCGGCGACACCAAGUAAUCUCAGUGGCCCAAUUGUUUGUGCCUUGUGGAUGCAUUUUGCUUGCCACCAAUAAGGCCCGUUUAUAUACUCAAGCCGAUGGUACAUUCGUUUAGACUAGUAUACUUAACAUGAAUACUUAAGCGCACAAUACUGCCCGCACCUACCAAUAUUUAUAUACCUUUUACAUAAGUACUCGAAUGACAUAUUUCUAUUUUCUGUAUUAGCCAAGUAUUUUUAUGUGCAUAUUUACAAAUACAGCAACAGUCAUUGUUAAAAAAUAGAAA